GGUAGGUACGCGGCUUGGUUUCAAAUCCAGAGUCGCGUCUUGUUUCCCCUCCGUGUCCAUGCCUGGCGAUCUCGACCACGACCUCGACCCCGAAAAGUGGCAUGACAACCGAAACUCGUGUCGCUUCCCUCUUCUCCGGAAGCCCAUCAUCGCCAUCAUGACCGCCCUGACCAUGCCUUCCUCGACGGCCUCGGGCCUCGUCAAUCGCCUUACAAACAUGUUUGCCCUGCCCAGCUUCGAUGCGCCCGAAAAGCUGCGACCAACGGCCUACCUCGACGGCCUGCGCGGCUUCGCUGCCUUCCUCGUCUACUGGCACCACCACGAACUCUGGUCGCACGGCCUGGUGCGCGACGCCAUCUUCGAACAAGGCUACGGUUUCGACGACCAACACUACUUCAGCGCCCUGCCCUUUGUCCGCAACUUCUUUGGCGGCGGCCACUAUGCCGUCGCAACCUUCUUCGUCAUCUCGGGCUACGUCCUCUCCGUCAAGCCCAUGCGCCUGAUCCACGCCGGCGAACAAGAAAAGUUGGCCGAUAACCUGGCGUCGGCACUGUUCCGACGAUGGCUGCGCCUCUUCAUGCCCCUGAUUGCCACCACGUUCCUGUUCAUGACCUCGUGGCAUGCGUUUGGCAUCUGGGUCGACUCGGCCAAACCGCAGUCCAACUACCACGACGAGUUCUGGUGGUGGUACGCAGAGGUCAAGAAUUUCAGCUUCAUCUACCACCUCGGCGGCGAGCCCUGGCUGAGCUACAACUUUCAUCUGUGGUCCAUUCCUGUGGAAUUCAGGGGGUCCAUGGUCAUCUACACCAGUCUUCUCGCCUUUUCGCGAUGCACAAGAAAGGCUAGGCUGUGGUGUCAGGUCGCCUUGAUCUUCUACUUUGUCUACAUUGUCGACGGAACCCAUUACGCCCUCUUUAGCGCCGGCAUGCUUCUCAACGAUCUGGACUUGUUGGCUAUGAAGGAUGACCUGCCUAGCUUCCUUACUCAGCUCGAGCCAUUCAGCAAGCACCUCUUCUACUCCCUUUUUGUAGUCAGCUUCUACCUCGGAGGCGUGCCCGUUCACACCAAGGACAUCAACGACCUGGCCAAGACUCCUGGGUGGUAUUACCUGUCAUUCCUCAAGCCGCAGGCUGUCUACGAUUACAAGUGGUUCUACCUGUUCUGGGCUGGUGUCUUCUUGGUGGUCUCAGUUCCACGCAUCCCCUGGCUCAAGCGAUUCUUUGAGACGCGCUUCUGCCAGUACUUGGGUCGCAUCUCUUUUGCGCUUUACCUGGUCCAUGGUCCUAUUCUUUGGACGAUUGGCGACAGAAUCUACACGGCUGUUGGGUGGGCCAGGGAGCCUCAGAUUACCAUGCUGGCCAACUGGGUCAACAAGUUCCCCUUGCCCAUGGCUGGACCCUUUGGCCUUGAGAUGGCCUUCUUGCUGCCGCAUAUCAUUCUCUUGCCUUUGACUUUGUACGUCGCCGAGAUCUCGACAAGGCUCUUUGACGAGCCUAGUGUUACCUUUCCCAAUUGGCUCUACAAGCAGGUGUUGGGAAGUGGGCAGCAGCCUACAAGAUUACCUUGAAACACGAUAAAGUCAUGUAUGUGACGAAUACGAUAUAAUCAGGGCAUGAGAGGAGCUUGCUUGGAAUUUGAUACCAGUUGCGCACACAUCUAUAUCUAGACAGCAAUCAGAUAUUAUUGGAUUGGAUAUUGAC